AUGGGGAACGUACUCGCAGACUGCUUUGGAGCACGCAGUAGGGAAGCUUCACAUCCGCUGCACUCCAGAAACGAAGAUGAAAGCGCACAGCGCUGGUUGCAAACUGGUGUGGCAUCGGUUCAAAGCAUCCACUGGGACCGCGCUGUGCCUCAGCUGUUGAAGCACGGCGAGCGGGUUCGAGUGCUCUACGCUCGCUAUGGCGGGGUGAAAACGUUUCCAUCUUCGCUUCUGGAACACUUGCGGAGCCUGGAGCGACUGGAUCUGUCCGAAAACGAGCUAGUCACGGUACCAGCUGCACUGCUAUACGCCCUGCCGCGUCUUUGGUCGCUUAACCUGGCGCGAAAUGCUAUUGGUGACCUGCACACAACCGAACACCGCGCCAACUUGAGUGUACAAGCGCAGCACGAGCCAGACCCGGUGUCCGGUGUCAAGCCGACGUCGCCACUGCAGUGGCUAUCGUUAAGCGAUAAUCGUCUGCCGUGCGUCCCUGAUGCAUGCAGGAACAUCGUUUUUCCCUGCUUGCGGUAUCUCAACCUCGCGGGAAAUCACAUCAGCUCUCUCCCGAAAUGGCUGAGCAAAUCCUUUCCAGCGCUUGAAGUGUUGAUCCUAUCCCGAAAUGAAUUGCAAACCUUAAAUAUCGAGUCGUUGCGGGGUUUGCAAAACUUGCGGCAGCUGUGUUUGGACCAUAAUCGUUUAGAAUCGCUGCCCGUCGAUCUCUUUAUCGAACUCGGUGCUUUACAACGAUUGGAACUGGAGGGUAAUCGAGGGCACCUGGCUGAAGCGCCAACCGCAGCGCUCUCAGAAAUGGUGGGGUUCACGGACUUUGACCAGCGUCGCCGCCAGGUUCAGAACAAACGAUUAUCGGCCACAGCUAGUUGA